AUGUUUUAUUCGGGGAUCCUGACAGAGCCCAGCCGGAAAGAAGUGGAGAUCAGGGAAGCGGCGUCUCUCCGCCAGCAGAGGAGGAUGAAGCAGGCGGUUCAGUUUAUCCACAAGGAUUCUGCAGAUCUCCUCCCUCUGGACGGGCUGAAGAAGCUGGGGACUUCGAAAGAUACUCAACCACAUAACAUCCUGCAGAAGCGCCUGAUGGAGACAAAUUUGUCCAAGUUCCGAGGCAGCCGAGGCAGCUGGACUCCAAAGGGUGACCUCUCAUCACAGACCAACAAACUGAACCAAACCAAACUGGGCAGCUGGGGGAAAAGAGAGGAUGAAGAGCUCAUAGUGGUGAGCUGCCAGUGUGCGGGGAAGGAGCUGAAGGCCGUGGUGGACACUGGCUCACAGCACAACCUCAUGUCAUCUGCCUGCCUGGACAGGCUGGGGUUAAAGGAGCAUCUCAAAGCACUCCCUGUGGAAGACGAGAUGGUUUCAUUGCCCAGCAAGGUGAAAGCCAUGGGGCAGAUCGAGUGUCUGUCCCUCAUGGUGGGAGCGGUCCCCGUGGAGUGCGCUGCCCUCAUCGUGGAAGACAAUGACCAACCCUUUUCCUUCGGGCUGCAGACACUGAAGUCUCUGAAGUGUGUCAUAAACAUGGAGAAGCACCACCUCGUUCUGGGGCAGACGGACAGGGAAGAAAUCCCAUUUGUGAGCACUGAGAGUGCUGAGGCAGGAGAGCAGUAA